CCAACUUGUGAAAUUUUGCGCCAGCAACAUUUGUGACCACUCCAGCAUCAUCUUCCAGGUCGUCGACUGCAGCUUUCACCAUGGCGUCUAUGAUUACUACUACUGCCUGGGUGCCCCGGGGCUUUGCGGCACCGUUCCCCAACAAGUACAAGUUUGACGAGGAAGAAUAUGAGCGCAUCGCUGCUCUCGCCAAGCUGCAGCUUGAUGAUGCUGAGGAGGAUCUGGCCGAAGCACAAGAGGCCGAGAAGAAGGGGUCAGAAAAGUCCGACAAGAAGAAGGUUGAAAGGGAAACCAAGGAUGAUGACACUUCAGACAUCGAGAUCGACGAUGAUCUGAAAGAAUACGACCUCGAGCACUACGACGACACAGAUGAGGAGGCCGGCGAGGGGCAGUCCAUGGGCAUGUUCGGCAAUGUCAAGUCGCUCGCUUACUACGAAUCGAACAAGGAGGACCCGUACAUCACACUUGACCCUGGCGCUGACGAGGAUGACGAAGAGCGUGAGGAUCUGCAAAUUCUGGCUACCGAUAACCUUCUGCUCGCCGCCAAGAUCGAGGACGAACUUGCCCACCUUGAGGUCUAUGUCUACGAAGAUGCUGCCGAUAAUCUCUACGUACAUCACGAUAUCAUGCUUCCUGCGAUUCCACUGUGCGUCGAGUGGCUGGACUGCCCAGUAAACAAAGCCGGUGUCGAUAAGCACUCGGCCGCCAACUUUGUCGCUAUUGGGACAUUCGACCCCGAUAUCGAGAUUUGGGACUUGGAUACCAUCGACUGCAUGUACCCAAACGCUAUUCUGGGACAGGGCGCCAAUCCCGAGGAGGAAACAAAAAAAAAGAAGAAAAAGAAGUCGAAGAAGGCCAACGAUGAAUACCACGUUGAUGCUGUGCUGGCGCUUGCUGCAAACAGGAAACAUCGCAACCUCCUUGCUUCAGGUUCAGCAGACAAGACCAUCAAGCUCUGGGAUCUUCACAUAGCCAAGUGCGCCAAGUCGUACAGCUACCAUACCGACAAGGUCUGCUCGCUCGCCUGGCACGGCGUUGAGUCCACGGUGCUGUUGAGUGGCAGUUAUGAUCGCACAGCUGCCAUUGCCGACAUGCGCGCGCCUGGGGAGCAGCCAAUGAGAGUCGGUGUAGAAAGCGACAUCGAGACUGUCAGGUGGGAUCCUCAUGAUCCCAACUUCUUCUAUGUGUCGACUGAGAACGGUAUUGUCCAUUACUUCGACGCCCGCAAGGCCACCAAGGAUCCUUCCGCCAGCAGCUCCGUCUGGAAGCUCCAGGCCCACGACGAGUCUGUUUCAUCCUUUGACCUGAACCCGGUCAUUCCAGGGUUCAUGGUGACUGGUUCGACCGACAAGACCGUCAAGAUUUGGGACAUCACCGCUGCAGGUCCAUCGCUUGUUGUCUCCCGUGAUUUUGACGUUGGCAAGGUCUUCUCGACGGCUUUCGCUCCUGACCGUGAGGUCGCCUUCAGAGUUUCCAUUGCCGGCAGCAAUGGCAACGUCUCUGUGUGGGACACCAGCACCAACGCCGGCGUCCGCAAGGCCUUUGCCCAAAAGGUGCCAAAUCUUCCCACUCGGGAGGAUGGUGCUGAGGACAGGCUGGUUGCGGUCAACAAUGAUGAGGAGGAGGAGAGCAGCAGUGAUGAGGGCGAGGAAGAUGAUGAGGAUGAUGAUUCUGAGGAGGAUUCGGAUGAGGACGGAGACUCCAUGGACGAGGAUUAAUUUGGCCGGGAGUAGCUGAAGGACACCUGUCUUGUCAUACUAUUGAUAAAAUUCCGAGCCAAUUUAUGACUGUGUUAUGUGAUCCGUGAGGUCGAUAAGAA